GUGCCAGAUAAGAGUCGGUUUGAUCCAGCGAGCGAACCUUCCCACUAAAAGUGCACCUUAGCGCCAUGAGGCUGUUCGUCGUUUUGUCCGUCUGUAUCGCUGUUUCCUCAGCAUACCCCAAUCUUGUAGACCUAGCCGCAGCAAACAAUGCAACCAAGUUGGUCGCCCUCCUCAACAGCGCUGGCCUAGCCGACAUCCUGAAAGAUCCCAGUCAAGGACCUUUCACGCUACUCGCUCCCUCCGAUGCCGCUUUUGGUAAAAUACCCGACAGCGAUCUGCAAGCAUUGAAGGCAGACAAUGCUAAACUACAGGAAGUACUGAAAUACCACGUGAUGAAGGGCGAGAUCUUUGAAUGGGAUCUUUUAAACCAUGAAGUGAUUUCUAGUUUGAAUGGACACUCCAUUCGGGUUUACGUCAGGAAUAGCAUGGCUGGUCAGAGUACUUAUUUUAACCAAGCCAAAGUCGUAAUAUCCGAGUUGCAAGCUUCCAAUGGUGUUCUAUAUCUUAUCGAUGAAGUCCUGAACAUGCCAGAGGGGACCAUUGACGACAUCUUGCUGAACCCCGAUUACAAUAUCAACAGCUUCAUGGAUUUCGUCAAGGCUGCUGGCCUUACACAGGUCUUUAACAGAACCACCGGUAACCGCUACACGAUGUUUGUACCCACCAACCAAGCUCUUGCUUCUAUGGAUCAAGGAUUUUUGACCCAGAUUAAGAACAAUCGCAUAAAUGCACGACACUUGGUCGAUUAUCAUGUUCAUCCGGGCACCCUGCACGCCAAGAGCAUCGUCGGACCUGGUCGUUUGAGCACCAUGUACAGGGGACAUUACAUUAACCUUUCUCAAGAUUCAAAUAACAACACCCUCCUGAACAACGUGGCCUCCGUAGUACAAGCCGACAUCGAGGCUGAGGAUGGAGUCGUACACAUCAUUUCUCACGUUCUCAUUCCCUCCACUCUCUCACCCACCGGGAUCGGCGGAAUUGUUGGAUAGAAUGAAAUUAUAUUAAAUAUUUUUAGAUACAUUUAACAA